AUGUACACGGCUCUCCCUUACUCUCUCUCUCUCUAUCUCUCUCCUCCCUUACUCACUCUCCCUCUCUCUAUCCCUAUCUCCCUCUCUUUCUCUUUCUCCUCUCUCUGUCCCUUACUCUCUCUCCUUCUCUCCCUUUCUCUCUACCUUACUCUCUCUCCUCUCUCUCUCCCUAUCUCUCUCUCUCUCUCCCUCUCUCCCUUACUCUCUCUCCUCUCUCCUUAUAUCCCUCUCUCUCUCUCUCUCCCUCUCUCCCUCUCUCUCCCCUUUCUCCCUCUCUCUCUCUCCCCUCUCCCUCUCUCUCUCUCUCUCUCUCUCUCCCUCUCUCCCUCUCUCUUUUCUCCCUUACUCUCUCUCUCCCUAUCUCCCUCUCUCUCUUCCUCUCUCUCUCUUUACCUCUCUCUCCCUCUCUCCCACUCUCUCUUUCUCCCUUACUCUCUCUCUCCCCUAACUCUCUACCUCUCUCUCUAUCUCUCUCCCUCUCUCUUCCUCUCUUUCUCCCUUACUCUCUCUCCCUCUCUCUCUCUCUCUCUCCCUCUCUCUCUUUCUCCUCUCCCUCUCUCUCUCUCCUUACUCUCUCUCUCCCUCUCUCUUUCCCUCUCUCCCCUUAAUCUCUCUCCCUCUCUCUCCCUCUCCUCUCCUCUCCCUCUCUCUCCCUCUCUCUCUCCCUCCCUCUCUCCCUCUCUUUCUCCCCUCUCUUUCUCCCUCUCUCUCCUUACUCUUUCUCCUCUCUUUCUCCCUCUCUCUCUCCUUACUCUCUCUCCUCUCUUUCUCUCUCUUCCUUACUCUCUCUCUCUCUCUCUCUUCUCUCUCUCUCUCCUUAUCUUUCUCUAUCAUUUUCCCUCUCCCGCUUACACUCCUGUAUCUUUCUAUAUCCCUUUCUGCCUCCCUCAAUCACCCUCUCUCUUUCUCAUUUCUUUCUAUCUUCCUUCUACUCCCCCCUUUCUCUAUCUCAUGCGCACUUUUCUCUCUCGCGCGCCCACUCUCUCAGUUCUCUCUAUCUGUUAG